ACUUUGGCCUUACACCAAGGGCUCUGUCAGACUGAUCUUGAUUCUUUUUCCUGAAAAAUCUGGCUUUCACAACCAUCCCAGUGAGACUUUGCUGCUCAGAAUCACUCAGAUGACAAUGUGCAAAGAGAUGAAUUGUCGCCUACAAAAUUCCCUGCAACAUGGUAAUAUUUGCAAUCUUGGUAUUUGUGCUGCUGCCUCAGACUGUGUGCAAGUUUCCUCUUGCGCCUACAAUACUCUGUGCAGGUUGGUACUUUCCAUGAUGUUGGCAUCAGUGCUGCUUCCUCCAGAUGAGUGCAAGGCUGCUGUUGCUCCGUGUUCCAUCCGUGACCCUCUUCCUAUUCUUCACAAAUAUUUCCAGUCUGGAGAUGUUGUUAUUGCCGGCAUUAUGUCUCAAAUCCAUAUAACUUCAAGCAUAGCCUUCAGUGAACCUCCUACACCUGAACUCUUCGAUGACAUUCU